UGUACACCCAAUUAGCGUGAGCUUGAGAUUUCACACCCAUCCUACAGCCUAUGGAGGACGCACCAAUACCUUCCCUUUCCACUGGAGCUAUUGGCUCUCGCUUUGUUUCUCAGGACGAGAUUCAAACUGCAAGGGCAAGACGUGAAGAACAGUGGAAAGCUGCCUACGCACGACUAGGUCAAGAACCACCUCCACAGCAGACUGAUACUUCUACUUCUUACGAUGGAAGAAGCUUAGCAGAAAAACUGGCUGCAAACCGGCAAGCGAAACAAGAAGAAUGGGAAGAAAAGACAAAAUUAGCCAAUCAGUUUCGUGCGUUGGAAGAGGACGAAAUCAUGUUUUUAGACUCGGUCCGCGAGAAACAAGAACAAGAAGAGCGCCAGAGAAAGGAACGGGAUGGAGAGGAAGUGAAAGGUUUCAAAGAGGCUGUGGCAGCAAGAACAAGUGCCUCUAAUCCAUUGCCUACUACGACUGCCAAAGAACACCCAAGUAAAACAGGUCAUCCGAAAAAGGACGCAAAAAAAUCUCUCAAGGGCGUCGCGAUAAAGAAGAAACCAGCCAUUACGAAAUCUUCAGCUCUCAAAGCCACCACGACGGCGAACUCUGAACGGAAAAUGCGACUACAUGGCUCGGACAUCAUCGAGGAACCUACAACUAAAAGGCGUCGGAUAUCUGAGUCAUAGUUACAACUGUUUGAGGCAGGAUUGCUCUGACCGUGGUGGCAUCACGGAUAGUUGAUAGCCAUUCAAGCAGGCACUUCAUCUGAGUUGGACGAGGUUGGAUAGAGAAUUUGAAGAGCGUGCUGAUCAACGGGGGUUGUCGCCACGGACUACUGGAUAUCGCUGCGGCAGAGGCAGUCUUUGUGUACAUCUUUGUAAAUCGCACGUAUUGCGGUCUGCCCAAACGAGAUGUUGUGAGGCGGACCGGCUGGUUUCAUGUACGUUUCAAUAGGGCAUAUCUGCAACGCAAUCUCAACGAAUUCUGGAAUACUC